UCCGCACCCGCGCCUGCGCGCGGUGGUCACGUGACGGGAUGGGGGGCGGCUCUGCGGCGGUAGGAGAGAGUCCACCGACUGAGAGCGGGUUUGCAACAGAGCGAUCUGUGGUGGCAGCGCUAGCAUGGCCGCGCUCUAUGGCGGCGUGGAAGGGGGAGGCACACGGUCCAAAGUCCUUUUACUUUCUGAGAAUGGGCAGAUCCUGUCAGAAGCAGAUGGACUGAGCACAAACCACUGGCUGAUUGGCACAGACAAGUGUGUGGAGAGGAUCAACGAGAUGGUGAACAUGGCCAAACAGAAGGCUGGAGUGGAUCCUCUGGUCCCCCUUCGAAGCCUGGGCCUGUCCCUGAGUGGUGGGGAGCAGGAGGAUGCAGUGAGGCUCCUGAUAGAGGAGUUGAGGGGCCGAUUUCCCUACCUGAGUGAAAGUUACAUAAUCACCACUGAUGCAGCGGGUUCCAUCGCCACAGCUACACCGGAUGGUGGGAUCGUGCUCAUCGCGGGAACAGGCUCCAACUGCAGGCUUAUCAACCCCGAUGGCUCUGAGAGUGGCUGCGGUGGCUGGGGUCAUAUGAUGGGAGACGAAGGCUCGGCCUACUGGAUUGCACACCAAGCUGUGAAAAUCGUGUUUGACUCCAUUGACAACCUGGAGGCAGCUCCUCAUGAUAUUGGCUAUGUCAAGCAGGCCAUGUUCAACUAUUUCCAGGUGCCAGAUCGGCUAGGAAUCCUCACCCAUUUGUAUAGGGAUUUUGAUAAAUCCAGGUUUGCUGGGUUUUGCCAGAAAAUUGCAGAAGGCGCACAGCAGGGGGAUCCCCUUUCUCGGUACAUCUUCAGGAAGGCUGGGGAGAUGCUGGGCAGACACAUCGUAGCAGUUUUGCCAGAGAUUGACCCGGUCUUGUUCCAAGGGAAGCUUGGCCUCCCCAUUGUGUGUGUGGGCUCAGUGUGGAAGAGCUGGGAGCUGUUGAAGGAAGGCUUUCUCCUGGCGCUGACCCAGGGCCGAGAGCUGCAGGCUCAGAACUCCUUUUCCAGCUUCACCCUGAUGAAGCUACGAUACUCUUCUGCACUGGGGGGUGCCAGCCUGGGAGCCAGGCACAUUGGAUACCACCUUCCCAUGGACUACAGUAUCAAUGCUGCUGCCUUCUAUUCCCAUACCUUCUAGGGGCUGUACCUCCUUGCCAUCCAGCUGACAGUGAAUGUUAGAAGGGAGAUUUUUCUUUGUUAAAAACACAUGGAAUCAAAUAAAUGCACUUUACCCCCUCCCCAGUAGGAUGCUCUGUAUCACGUUCAGCAUAUGCUGUUAUGUCCUCCACACUUCCAGCAGGUUCCUAGCAGAUUCAGGUACUUGCUGGUUUAGGUGCAUCCACCAGGCUUUUAAGCAUAUAAUGGCCCUGCACCUCCCAUUUCCACACCACAUACUUUUGACUGCCAGGAGCUGGGACCCAAGUUCCUCCUGGCAGAAUUACAAUGCCUUAUGAUGGAACUAAUCUGUCUCCAUGCCCACUUCCUGGGGAAUGACCCAAGAUCCAUCACACCCUCCCCCAAGGUUCCCAGUAGGACGUGGAGGAACAGUACGAUUCUAGUCUCAAUUUUUAUUUAACCUUAGAUUUGGUAGCUAUAGGCACACAGGGCAUUUUAUUGUUUUUUUUUUUUUAGUCUGAAUAAAUCCCUGUAGGCCCCUCCCUAUAGGUCAAGUAGGUACUGCUUAACUCAGUGGCCUGCCUGCUCCUCAUUGCUGCUCACCUGGCUGUGGUUACAGUGGGGCACUUCCCUCUCAGACCUUUGUAGGAAGGCUGCUGCUGCCAGCCCUGCAGGGAAGGUCUUUCUCCUGAAGCUAAUCCUUCCAGGAAGAUACUUUUGCUCAGAGACACCGUUGUCAUUCCCAAUAACCGUUGGCACCUAAGAUUAACCAGGUCUGGAUGUGCAACAAUGCUAGUGUUUUAACCUCUGGGUUCUAUUUCCCCUCUCUCUAACUCCUGCACAGUACAACUGUCAAUACACAUGAAAGGAGGGAGCCAGGUUUAGCCAGGAAGGUGCUUCCUCAGCAAGUGCAUUUAUUCUCAUUUGUUGAGUUUUUAUACAGAUGCCAUUUGAUUUACAAAGCAAAAAUUUUAAGUAACCCUCCCCCCAUUUUUGGUGUUUUUAGGAAAACUUUUUAGGGUUUUGUUGUUAAUUUUAUGUUUGGGUGUUCUACCUGCAUUUGUUUACACUGUGUGUCUGCCUGCAGGGACCAGGAAAAAAAAAAAUCAGAUCCUGUCUCUGACUGGAGUUUCAGAUGGUUGUAAGCUUCAAUGUGGGCACUGGGAAUUGAACCAGGAGAAGUCAUGCUCUCUCUUAACUGCUGAGCCAUCUCUCCAGCUUGUUUUUAGAUUUGAAAAGCCCUGUGAGCAACAAGCUUUUAAACAUUUGCAACAGGGACAAGGGUCCAGAGACUGGGCCUAGGUUUACUUGGAGGUGCGAGGCAGCCUGGGCAUCAUCAGGCUGCUUUGCUCCACUGGCUCCUCCAUCACUCUGGCCCUCCCUCCUAUGUACAUCACCAUCACCUCAGGAGUCCAGCAGAGUUAGUACAACUCUAAUACCCAUGGACAUGACUAGAAAGCUGCAGUCUUCAACAUUGACUCUGAGUGAAACACUAUGUAGUUUCAUUCCCUGUCCACUUGUGCUCGUUAUGAAAUGGGCCUCAGAUGCUUGGGUUCUGAGCUGCAGUAGACAGCACAAUGUUUUGCGGAAGGUUGAGGAUCAUAGGAAUCUGCAGUGGCCGAGGCUCCUACGACACACAGCUCUCGGCCUGUUAACAGAGGACUUGCCAAAGUGGAGGUGGAGAGCCAAUGGAGCUGAGGAGGCUAAAACCCAACCUUAAGGCGCUCUCUGACAAAGUGCAGCGUACUCAACAGGAAACUGCUCAACACUGAAAAAACAUGUUUAAAAAAAGUACCAAAUUAAGAGACCAUAUACUGUUUGAGUCCAUUGACAUGAAAUGUCCACAAAGAGGUGCAUUAUCCACACCAGGGCCUGGGGACCAGCGUAUGAAAGCUUACUGGGAGAAGUGAAUAUGGUGGUUGCUCCAGCACUAAAAGUUCCUAAACUCAGUGACUUGGACACAACCCAGUGAGUUCCUGAUUCGUAUGAUAGGCAUCACUGGUGAACUACCCCAGCUCAAAGCUGUUUUAGGGGUCUUGUUUCCAUUUUUCAAGCACUAGUUUAUUAACUUUUAUAGACAGUCUCAUGUAGACCCGGGUAGUCUGAACUUGCCUCAAACUAGAGAUUUACCUGCCUCUGCCUCUUUCCAAGUCCUGAGAUUAAAGAUGAGUACCACUCACAACCUGCUGUUAAAUAUUUUUGAAGGUUCACAAUUGGCAGGACAAAAUUCUCUUUUUAUAUGUUGAUAGAGUGAAACAUGAUACCACUUUACAGGAAAGACAUUUUAUAGUCAAGGGAUGUAGUUUAGUGUUGGAACACUUCCCCAGCCAUGCACGAAAUCUUCCACUUUACCCUUGCACCAAAAAACAAUUUAAUAACAGUACAAUAUUAAGAUAUUUAGGACAGCCAGGUGGUCCAUACCUAUAAUCUUAGCACUGGAGAGGCUGAGGCAGGAGGACCAGAGGUUCAAGUCUAGUCUGGACCACAGAGCAAGAUUAUAACUCAAAAUGCUUUUAGUAUCCCAGGGGUAAGGAGAGCCUCAGUAACAGGAUGCUGCCUAGCUGUGAGGUCCUGAGUUUGAUCUUAAGAACCAAGAAGAAAAAAAUAGUAUUAAGUAACCUGGAAUUUUUAUUGUUUAUUCAUUUUAAAGAAAAGGUAUAAGGUAAAUUUGGGAGGAAAGCUCAUCAAAUCUUCCAUUUAAAUUAUACUUUUAGCAACAAAAAUGUAGGAAGGUUUUUACAUUAAAAAAAAAAAAGCAUAUCUGUCCUUUGGUCCUUUCAAUUUCCUCCUGUUCCCCAAGAACAGGAGAAGUGUGGCUCCUAAGCUUGACAUCUUGAAGAGAGCAGUGGGUCUUAUGUUCUGGGGUCCAGCAGUGUGGUGUAUGACAGCAGGGUAGUAUGCAGUCUAAUGUUUGCCUGGGCAGACUCCUUCUCUGUUCCCAUCACCACCAGCAGCUUCUUGUGGGAGACUAAACAUAGGAAAAAGAGUCCCACCUCCUUCCAGACUGUGAAGUCUAGAAGAUGUCUAAGUCUGGUGACAUCCUCCAGGUAGCAGAAUGGACUUUGGAGGCGCUCACAUCCACUGCACUGAGCCAUCCUAGGGGGCAACGAGUCUCAUGGCAAUUGUGAAUGGACAGGUCACUCAGGGUCUGUUUCACACACCAGCAUCCUUUCUUCUCUUCCUACUUGACAAAACUAGUGCCUCCCAUUCCUGUUCUCCCAGAUGAGAGUGGCUGGGAUAACCUUUUCCAAGAAGUGGGUACUUCCAACUUCUAGUCAAAUUUGUCAGACCUGUAAGUUCCUAUCCUUGACAUUCUAUAAACCUAGACUAAUAGCAUGCAAUACCAAUACUCUUACUGCAGAGGCCUGUCCCCUCUAGCAACAGGACACAAACUCAGGAAGCCAGCCAGUCACACGCUCAUCUACCAUAUCCCCAAUCAAGAGGUUCACUCUGGCUGCCCCCCUUUCCUGGCUCAUUGAAGGUGCUGGCUGGCAGAGCUCUUUACUUGCAUCUUAGUCUCUCUAAAGUCAAAAUAAACCCUUGACAUAACAAUAAUAUGGAAAAUGCCUAAUAGUUCACUAAAAACAUUUAUUUUAAAGCCAUGGUUAGUGAAGCAAUCAUAGUUCUUGUGACUUUGGAAAUACGAAUGCUACCAAGACCUAGCCUCUCACAGGUCGGGAAUGCAGCUUGGUGUAGUGCUUGCAUAGCACAUGUGAAAUCCUGGGUUCAAUAAAAAAAAGAUCAAUCUUUAGACUAUAUUCUAGUUUGCUUAUAUGAUAACCUAAAGUCAGGUACACUAUAGACAGAAACUAGCCCCAGACCCUUAAAUACAGUACCUAGGUUUUGCCUACCUCUACAAUAUCUUAUGCAGUCCCUUAUCCCUCCCCCAACAAAAGAAAAAAGUUAAAGAGUCAAAUAAUCACAAUUAGAACUUAGUCACUAAUAAAAGAAGACUGGGGCCAGCCAGACCAGCAACUAUUAAGUACAUUUUAUAUUGCUGUAUAGAUUCCCAAGGGGGGAACCUACGAAACCCCAAAAGUCUUCUGCUAAGUUUGCAAACUAAGGCUGAGCCUGUAGUCUAGGGCACAAUUAUGCUACCUCACAACAUUGGAUGAAAGAAGAGUUGGGCCAUAGGAAUAAGUCAUACCACAUGUACUAAGCUCAGCCUCAUUGGCUGUACCCCAAGCCUGGAGUCAGCAUGCUUGCCUAUGAGGUAGACCCAACAUACCAGCACUUGUUUCCAGGCAUACACAACAGCAUUCUAGAAGUAUUAACCAAAUGCACCCUCGACAAAAGAACAGAGACUGACAUCCAAGUAAAAAGAGCCAGCAAAGUAGGAAGGAAGGUAGGCCUUUUAGACCACAACUAGCAGCUUGGCUUCCAAAGGGUAAAACUUUAGGAUAGAACAAAACCUCCUCAGGCUUACACAGGCUUUACAGCCAGGUACUCAGAGGAGGAUGCACUAUAUGCAGAUAGAGAUUCUCAAGAAUCUUCCUGCAAUCCUGAUGCAUUCUGAACUCCAAAAGCCUAGAGGAGACUGCGGCAGAAUCUUUUUUAUGCCCCACCCUUACCCUUCUCCUUAUUAUAAGUGGAAAGCCAAGCUAAAAGCUGGAGCAGGAAUAAAGUCUUCCUAGAGGACUAGGAGUUCCUAGUCUCUUGAGGGAGAGGCUUUGGGAGUCAAUGUGUGUCUGGCCAUACAAGUUCCCUGAGCUAGUCACUAUCAUGUGGCCUCGGGAGAAGGCCACUGUCACAAGAUGCCAUCCUAUGAGACUUUAAUAGGAAAAACAGGGAAGUUUGUGUUUAACUGCUGGGGCUGUCUACAAGUCAACAAGGGAGGGUUGAGAACAGCUCAAGGGUAGGACUAACCUAGCAUAAAUGAGACCUUGGGUUCUAUUCCUGGUACCAAGACAAAAUGGAAAGCUGGAAAACCAGCUUAUGAAAAAGGGAAAUGUUUCAACUUUUCAGACCCCAGUCCUUUCCUCCCAAUCUCUGCCCACAUCCACAUGCUAAGCUGACAGACUGGAAGCUACAUGAUCCUUCCAGAGUUAAUGCACAGCACAGUGACAGUCACACACAAGCCACAGCAGUCUCAGGCCUCUCCAAAUCCCUUGUCCUGGGAGUAUGAACAGGAGAGGACGCUUGUCCUUUCCCCUUCAACAUUACCACCUUCGCCUCUACUCACAGCAGCAGCUUCCAGUGGAAUUCAGUUUGACAGAAGAUCAACCAAACCCUAGUGAGUUACAGGUAGAACUAAGGGUGCACCUAGCUUAGGAAAUGAAAAAAGUUAGUUUGUGGGAGCAUUAAUACCCAUUAACAGCUCCAAGGAGCUCUGUUGUAUUCUCGGGCAGGACUCCUCAGUAGCUUAGUUUCUGGGAAUCACUCUGUAAGGCAGGAGAAGCACCCAAACUGAGCUGAGCAGCUUGCUAGUGUUUAGAAAAAUGUAUUUCCUUGAAAAAAAAAAAUACAGAAAUCUUUGAGGGAAUUAAGACACUGUAAGAGUCAGAUAUUGAUGGGACUAAGGAAAACAAAACCAAAACUGUCCAAGAAGAUUCAAGAUGCAACUAGCCCAACAAAAGGUCAGUCUCAGACUUUGGCUAAUAGUGUCUUUUAGAGCUGUGAGAGAAAGAGGCCAGGAGUAGCCCGCAUGAGAAUCAUGAAGGCAAAGCAACUCUAUGUGACUUUUACCUGUAAACAAUGAGCGACAGCAGCUACACACCUAUGCUCAACACCAGGCCAGCAGCAACUAAAUGACAGCCCCCAUCAAGCCCUGCUCUUCUGAUGUACAACUUGCAACCAUCCAGUUACAUUCACCUAAGAACUUUCCAAUCUGUGUUUUCUUUAGUAGAGCAGAGCUCAGGCAAGAAGACAAGGGCUCUCUCUGCCACUUAGUUCACCACUUCACCAUGGAAAUGUCAGGGGUGGGGAAGCUGAAUGUUGCAACUGGUUUAUAUCUCCUGUUCUAUUUUUCCCUCUUACCACUCAGCUGUAAAUUCCUUACGCUCUCCAGAUGCCCUGCUCCUGGCAGAUACACAGCAGGGAAGAUAUUUCUUAAAUACUGCUUUCCUUGGUCAGCUUACUUUGCUUGAAUACAGACAGAACAUUUCUAACAAGGGAAAAAAAAACAA